AUGUCCAAGGCCAAGGUUGGGGAAAUCCCCGGUAUCAAAGCUCUUCGACACCGACUCGGUCUCGGAACUCCGGGCGACAAGGAAAGCAUCCACUUCGGUCAACUGUUGAAGACGUUCCGGAAAACCUACAAGACCCCAGACGGAACUCUGGGAUCAUCCUUGAUGAAAUGGCGAGAUCAUCACCAUCAAAGAGGUCUCAGCCAUAUGGCCGACGAAUUUCUCGAAAAGGAAGGUAGAGGCUCUCAAUUCUGGCCUGACGGUGAGGGUGUCUCAUAUGUCAAAUCACUGAAAUGGACCCGGGACCGCGUCAUGACCCAGCACCAUUGUUUCGAAAACAUAGACGAGUUGCUUGACCACUUGAACCGGGAUGAUGACGAUGACGACUACAUGGGGGUCCAAUUGGAUGAUUCUCACGAAGCCGACCCAUACACUGUGCCCUCCAGUCCACCUCACCAUAACAGUCAAAACUCAAUACCAACAGACGGCCCCAUCAAGAGGGAGCCUGAUGCCGAGGAAGGUUUUGAUUGGGAGCUUAGCGCCGCUACAGCCUCGACAGUACCUGUGGCUCCAACGACCAAACAACCGACACCUGUGCCCACGAACCGACCGACUCCGAUUGAAACAUGGUCCGGCCGCACCCGAAGGCAGGUUGAGCGUCCGGACUUGGUCAACUCUGGUGACAUUGACACGGACUCUUCGGGGCUAGCUGUAACGGGCGAUACGGGCUUUGAGGGUGCUGGUAGUGCUCGCUACUCAGAGCAACAAGCUCCUAGCCGCCUGCACCCACCCCCUACCGAACACACACACCCAACAAUACCUAGGGCUACAGAUUCUGCCGGUGUCCGCCCAAAAAGAAGGAUCCUUGUCACGUAUAGCGUUCAGACUUCGCCUAGAAACUACAGGCUCUGGGACCACGGCGGCUCUUUUGGCACCAUGACCAUGGCCGAAUUCGAAGCGCGCCACGGCUUUCACAAUGCCCGUAUGGUUCACUUUGUGCUUCAGGGGCCCGGGAUGAGCUGGGAUGAUCAGGUAUGCCAAGGUGAUGACUUUUACUUCCAGCAGAUGAAGAAGAGGUUUAAGAGCAAGAUCUGGAACGACCUGGCUGAGAACCGAGAUGGUGAUGAGGUCGUACAGUACGAGAUUCUGAUUGAGCCUGUUCGGGAUGAAGAGUCAAGGCAGGAUUUCGUAAGGGAAGAGUCUAUUUGUUUGUGA